AAUGUGUCAACGAAAUUUUUAUUAACAAAAAAUCAAAAAUAAAGUUUCAUCGUCGCAUUAGCAUUGUCUUAUCUGUUCGAAGGUGAUAAAGUCAUAAAGUCCUAAAAGAUCUUCUGAAAUCUGAAUGCUCGAUACUGGAUCUAACGGUUCUUGGCUAACUUUAUAUUGCCGAAUCUUGUCCUGGCAGUAUUUAACCCAGCUAAAAAGGGAAACCUCUCCUCCGUAGUGGGGAUGACGAGUGUGCAAUAAAGACUCCUUUUUAAUUGUCAAAUAGCUUUUAGCAAAAAUUAAUAAACAUAUGUGGAUAAAACUUUGCCCAUUUUUUUAAGAAUGACAAAAACUAUAUUUUCACGAAGUUUCAACUUCGCAUUCUCAAUUUUAUAUAAAUAAUUGACAAGCUCGAGUUUUGACGGUUUUUAUUUAUUUACGGCUUAACAAAUUAACCAAUCUCAACGUGUGACGUCCCAUUUGAUAGAGAACAAACAAAACACCAAAUAAAAUAAAAUGUCAUAACAUGUUUACUAUUCCAACUUUUCGACUAAAGUAUGUCGGCUAAAGUGAGUUAUUAUGAUUCAGUAAUGUUUAUCAAUUUGUGAAGCAUUAUGAGAGAUAAGAAAUUUGAUAUUUGUUUACAACGUUCAGAGUAACUUAAUAAACGAUAGCUAGCGACUUUGGCUUGAUUCCUUAGGAACUGACGAAUUCAUAACAUUUUACAAUAGUAAACGAUUUCAUAUACAAGGUCGUUGAAUUUGUCUUAAUAAACGCCAUAUAAUGUAUCAAGGAAAAAAGAUAUGUGGUUUCAUGCGACGAUGAAAAAAUAUUCAUUACACUCCAAUUGACAUGUCGUGUGCAAAGGGUUAAUGUUAAAUCUGAAUGGUGUGUGGAAAAUAUAUUAAAAUUAUUGCAUUAUUCCACUGAUCCAUUAUUAUCCAUUAUUAAGUUUAAAGGAGAAUAUUCUCUUUUCUUUUCUAAAAAGAAUAUAGUAAACAAUUAAUUUCUCUUUCUCGGGCAACUUACAAUUAGUUUAAUUAUUGCACGAUUUUAUUAUUUUUAUACUUGUCUAUUUCAAAUAUAAAAAUAGAUAUAAACUUUUUCGUAGAGCCGUACAAUUAAAUAGGUUUUGUAGCGUGGAGCUCAAUGGGUUUUUGUCCAUGCUAACGUGCAACCAAACAGGGCAGAUCCCUAAUUUUAUAGGAUCUUGUCUAUGCUAGCUUGUGCCACCUUCAGCACUUGGCCGUAUGAUACAGCACUAGUUCGAAAAUAACUAGAACCAUAAGCGUGAGCACUCUCAUUUCCUCUCUGAUUAUAUUAGAGAUAUAACUUACUGAUAUAACUUAAAGUUUAGGUUUGCCAUUGGUAGUGAUAAAUGCGGCUUGGAUCAGAAUAUUUUAUAACCGCGAAUAAUGUGUUUAAAUGACAAUUUUUACAAGUUAUUACUUUUAUUGUUAUGUAGAUUUUCUUAACGUGAAAACAAUGUGUUCAUAAGUGUAUAAGAAUAUAUUUUUACAAUUUAUUGUAUAAAUUGGUAUUGCCGAGCUGGUACGAGUCAAUGAAUUAGAUUUUACUUCGAUCGUGUUUAAAGCAUUAUCAGAAAAACAAAAGUUAAAAUGAAUAUUAACGUAAUGUUGGAUGAACAUUUGACAAGUCAUAGUUGUGUGAAACUCGUAAUUGAAUUCCUGAAAUAUAUUUUAUAUCAGAAACAGCAAAUACCCUUUACAUACGAUUCACUAUCUAAGUUACAAAUGAAAUCAACGGACAGAAAUUCGUCUGAUAUAAAAACAUUAUUGAAUUCUUUGAGAAGCACCUCAGAACAAUUAAAUUCGCAGUUUCAUCUAAAAGGCUGCAAAAUCAAAGAAAUUGCUAUACUUAUUGGUGCUACAAUAAUAUCACCAAGAUUACACAUCCGAAUUGAAUUUCCAUCUGAUAUUCUUAGUAGCCAAGAACACUUGGAAUGUAAACAUGCAUCUAGGAAGCCACUGUUAAGUUUAAUGAGGUCAAUGUUGGAAUGUCCAGCAUUUCAAGAUGCAUUGACUUUACCAUUGCAUCCUACAAACACCUUUGUGCUAAUACAAAAGAGUGAUAGUAAUUCAGUGUCAGAGUUCUUUUUACCUAAACCGCUAUAUGUACCUUCCAAACAGAACUCAAAUUAUUUUGUAAUUAAACUGCAACACAAGGAUCAAGUAAAAAUAGACUGUAAUUGCAUAAAUGUAGUGAAAGUUUAUAACGAAGUGUCUGAGUCUAAUACUAACAUAGAUAAAGACAUUGAAUUUUUAAAUAAUUCUAAUGUGAGUAUCACACAUGUUCCCUAUCAAUGGUAUCAAUCUAAAGAAGUGAUUAAAGGGUUUAAGUUUACAAGAUGACCAUAGUUUUAAGAUCUAAUUUUAAGAUAACCAAUUAAUAAAAUUAUAGUAAAUUUUUAAUAAAUAUGGAGCAUUAGAUUAAUUUCUAAGACAUUGAAAAAAUGGAUUCUAUUAAAUAUGUUAAUUAUGAUAUUUAGAAUAUGCAGAUAACUGCAAGUAUUAUAUAGAUUAUUUCCUAGAAACCUUUUAUAACAAACUGUUAAUCGUGUAGAAUAUAUAUUGAUUUAUACAUUGAAGAUAUAUUGAUUAUAAAUAAAAUGUUGUAUAACCAUUAAAUAA